AUGGAUCUUAUGCUAUGGAAUUGUCAAGGGGCGAGUGGACGGGCGAUCCACCGUGCCCUUAAUCUCAUGCUGCAGGUUUACAAGCCGACUAUCUUGGGACUCUUUGAACCAAAAGUCUCGGGGAUUCAGGCGAACAAGAUUUGUUCCAAUCUCGGGUUUUCGGAUUGGGUCCGCGUGGAGGCGGUGGGCUUCAGUGGGGGCAUUUGGGUCCUCUGGAAGGAACCGGUGCACCUAGACAUCCUGUUUACUCACCCCCAGUUUAUUCUAUUUCAGGUUAGGCAAAGCGGGAAACCGCCCUGGAUGUUUGCGCCAGUGUAUGGGAGCCCGGCCCACCACCUGAGACGAAGGCUGUGGAGAGAUUUGUCCCAGUCAAAACGAGGCCCGCAGGGCCCGUGGAUGGUGGCUGGGGAUUUCAAUUCAGUAACCUCGAGGGAGGAAACGAUGAAUUAUGUUUCCUUCUCGGCCCAGCGGAGCUCAGAUUUUGUUAAUUGGAUUCAAGACGAGGGCCUUAUUGAUAUGGGCUUUGCAGGUUCACGUUUAACUUGGGUUAAAGACGGGUCCACGGAUUCCUUGAAAGGGGCUAGACUGGACCGGGCUUUGUGCAACUUUGACUGGCGAGGCUGCUUUCCCGACGCAAUGGUGGAGCACUUGCCACGUGUAGCCUCGGACCACGCGCCGCUUUUAAUUCGUCUGCAAGGACGGCAACGCCCUAAUAAUGUUAGUCCUUUUCUUUUUCAGGCAGCAUGGACCACACAUUGUGAUCUGCCUGAGGUGGUAAGCAGGACGUGGAAUUCCGACACUAGCCUGGCGGAUAAUAUCCAACGGGUCACGGAAGGCUUGACGAACUGGAAUAAAGAAGAGUUUGGCAAUGUCCACAUACGCAAACGCAACCUCUUGGCCAGGUUAGGUGGCAUUCAAAGGGCCACAACACGUGGGGCCCAUAGGGGUCUUUAUAGACUAGAGAAAAGGCUACAAUCUCAGUUGGAGGACACGCUUUAUCAGGAGGAACUGCUGUGGUUCCAGCAAUCCAGAGCAGAUUGGAUCAGAUCAGGAGACAGAAAUACCAAGUUUUACCACGCGGUCGCCACGGUGAAGAAGUCGUGA